CCUUUCACCUAGAUCUCACACACUGGACCUUUAAGAGUUUUUGCAGGACAUAAACAAAGAUCCAAAGUGCUUCACGUGUUUAUACUGUUGUUUCGAGUACUUCAACUGUAAAAACAUGAAGUACAUUGAGCUGCCAGUACUUUUUCCGGAGGUAGAUGUUCCUGUGGGGCCUGUGAUCGCUGCCUGUGGCCGCGCAGGGUUCAUGUGUCACCGAGGAUGAAGAACGUGCAUCACCUCGCUCCCAUCUGCAGGCUUGCUCCUGCUCGGGCGCAUGCGCAGUGCGGCUCUCCAUCAUUCCCAAUCUCCCAGUGUAGGAGAACCAGCGGAGGCAGGAGGACUAAUGGGGUAGGCUUCUUCUUCUUCUUUCUCCACCGGGCUCACAAACAACACUGUCGCUCGCUCGCCGCACGGUUCCAGCAGCGGGACGCGCUCGCCGGGACGCCCGGGUAAGGACGCGCAGUCCCCGGGUUGAUUUGACGCAGACAGAAACGAACCAUGGGAAUACCACUGCCCAACUGCGAUUGGGAACCGAUAUGUUGAACAUAUUUUACUUGUCCGACUGAGGGACGGAUUUCUCGGCGGCAGAAGACAAAUGAUAAAAAAAUAGUAAAGCACAGUGCGCUCCAACUCCCGAUCCUCACCUUUUUAGCUGGAUGGCUCUGAAUGACAAGAUGCAGUAAUGGAAGUCCAUGGGCAAUUCAGCUCUGUAGCCAUGAAGCAGCUCAAAGGGUAGGGUCUGCCGUGAGCUCGCCUCACCCUACCCGACCACCCUCUCAUCCACCACCCCAUCAGCUCCACCCGAGAGCAAAGUCCCACAUUAAAGCAUAACCCUGCAGCUCUUCCCAUCUCCUCAACCCACCCACCACCACCGCUUUGGAAGUCGAACAUGAAGAGCAUUGCGAAGACACUGGUUGAUGUCUGAUAUAUAUACCUCUGCGGAGUAAAGCGUAAAUCCAGUGGAGCAAUGAAUGGCGGAAAGGACUGUGAGGCAGGAGAUGAGAGGCAGGCCGCCCCUGUCCAGGUCCCCAUUGGCUGGCAGCGCAAGGCACAGCGUGGCAGAGGGGUCAUAUACAUAAGUCCCAGUGGCUCGGUGCUGUCCAGCUUGGAGCAGGUGAAGACCUACCUGCUGACAGAUGGAACCUGCAAAUGUGGCCUGGAGUGCCCACUCAUCCUCCACAAGGUGUUCAACUUCGACCCAGGGGCAGCUGUCAAGCAGAGGACAGCGGAGGACGUGAAAGCAGAUGAAGAUGUCACCAAACUCUGCAUUCACAAGAGGAAGCUUCUGGCAGUGGCCACGCUGCACAAGAGUAUGGAGACACAUCCACCUCUGACACUGACCAGUCCAGGGGGAGGUACAUCACAUGUGGUUGCUGCGCAUUCCACGACUCAACGAGCAAUAAGAAAUAAACCCCACGACGGCCUGUCCAAUGCGGUUGGCCCUGACUGCAAGAGUCCUUUCAAGAUGAUGAUGGCAGCAGGACAACAGCAGCAGAGGCUGUAUCCACCCCAGGAGAUGGGUGGAGCCCAGCAGCCGGAGCUCUACUCUGUGUACCACAGGCCACAGAGGCUGGGUAGUGGGGAGCCAGGCCCCAAAUCCCCAUACAGGGCUGGGUACGUAGGCAUGCUGAGCCCACCUCUCUCAAGUGCAAAGCUAUAUGGAGACGGAUCUCAGUCUCCCAGUGCAGACACUCUGGGCAGCCCUGAGGGCUUUCCAAGGACCAAUCCGUGUGGUUUUCCAGGAGCUGGCAGUCCUGGCUCAGCCUCCAUCCAUGGGAAUACUAGGAUGCCUCUUUCCCCACCCAGUGUGAUGCUCCAUGGCUCCCCUGCGAGCCAACCAUCCUGCGCCAUGACAGGAAGGACUAGCACGCCCCUCUCCCCAACGGCCACUGCCAAAAGCCCUGUCAUGAACAUGCCACGGGGCAACUUCCCCCCGGGUAUGGAUAUGCCCCGUGUGGCUUUUCACCAUAAAACACAGCAGCCUGUGCAUCCGGUGCCGCCCACCCCUUCCAUACCACCAUCCUGUGCCCUUCAGAAAAGGCAGUUGACUUCCGAAAAAGACCCCUUAGGCAUCUUAGACCCUAUUCCCAGCAAACCAGUCAGCCAGCCCCCCACCAAUGCCCCAAACCCCUCAAAUUUCCAGCCUAACAUCCACUCUCAGGUACCAAUGAUGAAUGUAAACAUACCCCCUCCUGUCAUUGUUCCCUUGCCAAGCAACUUACCUUUACCCACAGUGAAGCCUGGGCCUGUGGGGCAUGGUGGCCAUGUUCAGAGGACUCAACAGGGUGGUCCAGCUUCUUCCAUGUCCCCCUCACCUGUCACUUCCCCUGUCCACAUGGCUGGGCCGGCCAUUGGGAGAAUGGAGGCCUCCCCUCAUCGGUCACGCUCAUCCUCCACCUCCUCUGAUCAUGGGAACUUUGCAAUGCCCUCUGGGCACCAGACCCCAUGUGGCACCAUGAAAGUCCCUCCUCGUUCUCCCAGGUCCGCCAUAGGAUCUCCCAGACCGGCCAUGCCCUCCAGCCCCUCCACCAACAAAACAGACCCACUCCACCAGUACAAAGACUCCCAGCUGUUGCCUGGGAUGGUAAACUCUAUUGGCACCCAGCAGCAUGGUAACCCCAUGUAUUCUCCCACCUCUUCCUCCUCCUCCUCCUCUCUGGCAACCCCUAGCGCUUCCCAGAAGGGCCACCCAGGACUGCUGGGGAUGCCCCUCAACCAGAUCCUCAACCAACAAAACGCCACUUCCUUCCCUGCCAGCAGUCUCUUGUCAGCCGCAGCCAAAGCACAGCUAGCAAAUCAAAACAAACUCAGCGCUGCUGGCAACAGCACUGCUGGCACGGCUGGUGGUGGAGUUGGUAUCGCAGGCAUGGGGGCAGGUAGUGGUGGGCACCCUGGCUCUUUAAGCAGCCCUCGAGGCAUGGAGGGACACAGCACUUUAAAUCCCAUGCUCCCGCCAAACUCCACCAUGCUGCUCAACACCCCUGAGGGCCAGAGUGGUCGGGCAGCCCUCAGAGACAAACUCAUGGCCCAGCAGAGGGACCCUAUGCGCAAACGGAAGCAGUCGUCAGGCGGUGCGGCUGCAAACCAUGACAACAGUAACAACAUGGUCUACAACAUGCUUAACAAAUCAGGCAUGGGUGGACCCCACAUGCCAGGGCCCAGUGCCACUGAGCAGCUGCGUAAAGUGGGGCGACUUGGAAACCUUCCCCCAAACACUUCCAUGGCCCAGCUUCUCCAGUCCAUGAGCUGCCAGAGCUCCCAUAACUUGACUGGGAGCAGCCAUCGUCCAGGUCUUAGCCCAGGUCCAGGGCAGGGUCCUCAAGGAGCUCCACAGCUGCACUACAACGACAGCAUGGGAAUGGUCCCUGGUGGCCUUCAGCAGAACCUCCAUGCGCAGCAGAGACUGCAGGGUCCAGGAGAUGCCAUGCAGCACUGCCAGAACAUGGAUGCCUCUGGAGGCCAUCUGGGCACACGUCCAGGCCAGUUCCCUGACAUGAUAGCCCAAAUGCAGGCGUCCUCCAUGAGUAACUGUAGGCCAGUGGGGCCAGGUGGUGGACCAGUGGGCCCUGAUGGCAUGCUGCUGGGACGCCCCAACACCAAUCCCCCACCACUAUCCCAUCCUAGCCCUCAUCCUUCACAGCAGAACCUUCUUCACAGUAUGGGGCGGACUAACAUGGUGGUGAUGCCACAUGGAGGGGUUGAUGGAGGCUGUACACAGAGUAUUUCUGAAUCAGGAAACCCAUCAUCCCUUGGCUGUGGUGUGGGAGGCCUGCCACCCCAUGUGAACAGAGGUCAGAUGUACCAGCAGCAGGUCCACCAGGGCAUGCAGCAGGGGGUUGCCUCCCACCCGGCCUACCAGGGCCAGCAGCACUUUUCUGACAACACACCCUACACAGACGGCAACAUCGUCAAUGCUGGCUCCAUGGCCUGCCUCUACCAGAACUACCAGCAGGGGAUGUUGCAGCACCCACAGUUUGGGGAGGGGCAACAGCCCCAGGGAGAGGGGCUUCCAGGUACACCUAGCUCUGACAGGGGGCCAGGUGGUGGCCCAGAGUCGGUGGACGCCAUCUACAGAGCUGUGGUAGACGCUGCCAGCAAGGGUAUGCAUGUAACGAUAACAACCACAGUGAGCGGGACCACACAGGCGAGUCCGGUGCCUGCCCUCAGCGCCAUGAGUGCCUUCACUGCUUCUAUAGGGGAGCCUGUCAACCUCCCCCAAGCAGUUAGUGCAGUCCUGCAUGGGCACCAGGAGGGGGAGGCAUUACCCCAGCACACCAGGCCAAGGCAGGUGAGGCUAGGACGGGGUCAGAAGAACAUGGAUGCUGGGAAGAGCACUCCAGACGGCACUCCUGAGGCCAAUGACUACUUCCGUUCUCCUGGCCGUGGUACUCCCAGGGGGCAGUGGGACGGGGAGACGCAGCACGGGGGAGGUUUUGACGCACACAGCAACAGCAGCACCUGGGGCGGCGAGGAAUUUCUAGAGUGUUCGACCCAAGUUAGGAGUAGUCCCUGCAUGGAGCGACCCGCCAGUUUGGCUCCUGCCCCGCCCUGCCCCACUGAGGGCUCCAACGAUCAUGGCCUGGCCAUGGCCCACGAAAAGGCCUUUCUCGAUGAUGGAUAUCGCUUUAAUAACUGCAGCCGGACUCCUGCAAACUACAAGGAGCGUCUCGAGCAGACAGUGGAACGCUGCACCCAUAUCAACGGUGCCACUCCCCAUUUCAACACCCGUGGUUAUGGUGAAGUCCUAGGUCCCCCACGGCAGGAGCUGACAGGGGACGACCAGUCACCCAGCUCUUCCACGAGCCUGGAAGGACCCCUGGCAACAGCCAAAGACUACAGCCACUACAACGGCCACUUCAACGGUAUGGCGCCCAGCCCCUCGGACACAAAGAGCCUGAGCAGCGAGGAAGACCUGCGGCAGCCAGACUCUCCCUCCUCAGAGCUGCUUCACUACCGAUCCAGGACCUUCAACAUGGGGGAGCUGGUCUGGGGCCAGCUGAAGGGGUUCCCACCCUGGCCUGCCAAGCUGGCUGGGGACGAACAAGUGCACAGCGCUGCUAUGCAGCUGCGGGAGCAGGCAAAGGUAGAGCCAGAGAAGCUAAAAACACUAACUCACGACUUGGAGGCCCUUGACCGAGCCGCCAAAAGAGGCCUGAAACCGGGGAAACUGAAUAAUCACUUGGAAGCUGCUAUCCACGAAGCCAUGAGUGAGCUGGAUAAGAUGUCAGGCACGAUCCCAUCGAGGGAUCGUCAGGUGAAGCUCCCGAAGCCCAAGAGGAGGAAGAUAUCCAGAUAACAUUGAAUGUGUCGGCCUGAGAACGUCCUCAAAGCCUUCGCAGACUUGUCCGUUCAGCCUUGAUGCGAUCUGAGCUCUCUAACAGGUGCUACACAUGGACUUUCACUGGUACAUCGUUGUUCCAUGAUAUCAACUUGACUUAUUGACUGACCAUAGAAGGUGCUGGAAAUUCCAAUCACCGAAACCGGUAGAAAGCAAAAAAAGAGGAAAAAAAUAGAGAAAAGCGUCAAAAACGGUUGCAAUUUGUCUACUGCUCACUGAAUUAACUAUUUUUUUCUAGUAUAAUAUAGUAAAAUAAACAAAAAAAGCUACAAGUAUUACCUUACAUAUUUAAGAAAAAUAGACAGUCCAAAUAUUUCUGAUACAUUUUCAAUAUGUAUAUAGAUAAUCCUGAAAUUUCAUGCUAUUAAGAAAUGUAUGUAAAUAUUGUACAAUGUCAUGUACAAGCGUACCUAAUGCACAUUUUAUCUUUUAUUGUACAAAAACAAAGCAGAAGAAGUGUACCAAUGUCUUGGUUUCUAUUCAGAAAUGCGGUUGCAUAUGGCCGCAUGCAUAGGAUAAUUAAGAAUACAGCCUAAAGCUUUUAUAUGAGGAACUGUAAGACGUGCUGUUUUUUUAUUUUUAUUUAAUUUCCUCCUUUUUCUUAAUAAGGGAACAGCAGUGGAACAGGCACGAGUUUAUGAGUUCUCCAUUAUUACACUUCACUCCAGUUGUGCUCAUUUGUACUGAUAAGAUUAAAAACACAGAAUGAACUUUACCAGCAGAAAGUGUUCAGCGUUAGGAAAAGACCCCCUGUCGGAUCAAAGUUGGUAAAUCUUCAUCUGCUCGUUAACAGGAAAUUCAUGAUAUUUGACGACUUGGUUUAAUGUUUUUUCCAAAAAGUCUGGUUAGCAGGUGAAUUGUUCCAGUUUUACUUAAACAAAAUUGGUUACCUGUCGUUUUGAGAAGGAAAAAUCCACCCUCACACAAUUAUUACUAUAUUCAGUGUCAUGUUGUGUUGUUUGAGUUUCAGGAGUUUGAAACCAGGACUUAAUUAUUUCCUAGAUUUUCCAGAAUUAUUUUUGAACAAUUCCUAGUGGUGGAGCUGAAACAGUUCAGCUGAAAAUCAGUAAUCUUCCACUAUUUUGAUAAUGGAUAUAAUCAUACUCUAAUUCCUGAUUGACACAUUGGAGGAUUUGCAGUAUUGUAUCCAUUGAAUAUUGUUUGGUUUUGAAUUCAUCAAAGUAUAGCCAGGUAAACUUGUGUCUGCCAAGAACAUAUAUGAGUGACUCUACUCAUAGAGAACGUAAAUAUACUGCAGUUAAUAGUACUUAAUAGUACUGUGGCUACUGAAACAAGGUUCAUCAAUGUGUAGAUAUAUGCAUUAUGCAUUUUUCCUUUCAUUACAUUUGAACGCCAGUACAAAUGUCCUCUUUUAUAGACUUGAUGCACAAGUGGAUAUUUAAGGUCACAAAGUCCCUUGCAGCUGGAGAAACUAUAAAAUUUCUCAUUUUCAUUUUGGACACCUUUCUGUGAGAUGAUUUAAAUCCUGAAAUGCAACAUAAAAUCAUUUCUAACGGUGGAUUUUUCCUUCUCUGACAACCCAGCAUCACAGGCUGCACUCAUUCGUUCCUUCUUUUGUGUCACUUGGCUGUUGUGAUUACGUUCUCAUGCUCAAUUGUACAGUGACUUUUUUUUUUUUUUUUCCUCCCAUGAUUCUAAUCAUAUUCGCCACGACUAUAGCUUUAGGUAGAGUAACCAACCUCAGAGUGUAGAUCAUGGAAACAAACACUAACUCAAGAGCAGUGGAAGCAUUUCUCACAUUUAGGGGCCUUGUGUGUAUUUUUCAUUCUUUUUUUUCUUUUGCGUAUUGUUGUAAAUUAUUUAUGUACAGUACUUCAUAUUUAUUUUAAGCUUUACAAAUAUGCUAGAUGGCAAUAAUACUACCAAGAGUUGAGAACUCAAGCCUUAUAUGUGUAUAUGUAUGUUUUUUGUGAAAAUAUCAUGUAUUCAUAGUUCAUUACAAAGAUGGUUGUGUUCCCUUUUAUUUAAGAAGUGAGCAUUACAGUUAACACUUUGUUUUUACAGCGAGGCUUUACCAGUUUUUGUUACAGAUUGUUUCAUGGAAUUCUCCGCUCCAGAAAAGACCAUAAUAUUUAUGAAUAUAAGUUUUUGCUGGUAGUAAAUGCAGUUGUGAACACUAACAAACUUAUCAGAAAAGUUUCACGCCGAAUCGUAAAUCGACAGCGACGCACAGGAUACACACAGACUCACACAUAUGCCGGUGCUCCAGCAGAUCAAGAUCAACUACUAACCUGAAAUCACUACAGAAUUACCAAGUGCAAUAUUCCAAUCGAGGGCAAAGAUCAACCGUUCCAGAAACGCUGCAUCUCUGAUUUUCUUUUGUACACACCUUCAACAACUUGGGCUGUAAUUUUUCCUCUGACGUGUAAUCUGCCUUUUUUUUGGGAGGGGGGGGAUGUGGGGUAGUAAUUUAUUUGUAGCUUUACACAUUAGCUCCAACAGCGUCAUGUUUUAUUUUAAAGUGUCCAGAGGUAAUCCAGCAUUAUCGAAAUAUCAGACACUCACACUAACCCUCCAAGAUAAAGGUCCCACUAAUAUACUUGAACUUUUCAGUUGAAAUUAACUACAUUUACUUCAACAGUCUCAUGUUCGAUCACCUUCAAACCAAAUGGUACUCACGAUUCUUCUGCUUCUCACCAACUAAAACAUGAGAACGCUACUAUUACAAAAAAUAUGCACAACUUUGAAUCUUACAAUUUCAACAGAUCUUACUUUGCUUAUGGGUUUUCACUUUUAACAACCUAAAAGUAAUUUGUACUGUAUUGUAUUUCCAGAUGACAUCUCUCACUUAUUUGAAGACGGAUGACUUUGUGCUCGGACACUUUGCAAGAGAAGAGUUUCUGUUUUGAAUUAGUAGCGGCAAAGUCUAAUAACCUCAAAAAUAUCAGUUUCGCUCAACAUGGAUAUUUGAGUUUUUACUGUUGAAAGGUGACGUUCGUUGUCGAGAAACACGUGAGCUCUUUCGGUAAAGUUCAUUCUGCCUCUCCCCUGCCUCCCUUUUCUUUUUGUGCAAUGACAUGCAGGAACCCGGCCUCGUGCUGGGAACCCAUGUGUUAUGGAUCUGUUAUAUCAGUUUCAUGUUAUUUGUGGUCAAGAGUUCAAAGCAUUUUUGUGUUUGGUGUGUGCCGUCUAUUUUUUUAGGUGUGAGGUGCGAGUGGUUUUUUUUUGUUUGUUUUCUGCUUUUUGAAUCCCAGUUCCCUCUUCCACCCUUUUCCUUGUCAGUAUUUUAUUUUUUCAACUUGUAAUUAAGUAUAUAUUUUCUCACUAAUAUAUACUUUACAAAAAAUAGACCUGCGUGAAGUAUGAUGUGCACUUGAUUGCUCUUGUUUCUUUGUUUCUUUUUGCAUUAAUGUGGGCUAGGGAUAGUUUGUCAGUCCAUUAUUUUGAGAUUGUUUGGACUUUUUUUUAAUGGUUUGAUGUAAGCAGCAUUUUUUUGUAAAUAUUGUGAAACAUUACAGGUCAUGCAGUGAUGUAACAUUUUGAACAAUGUUGCACAGAUGUUUAAGAUAUUAAAAACAUGGUCACUCC